UUGUUUUUUAAACCAGUCAUUCAUUGAAGACUUUUAAUCGCACACACUGAUAUAUACCAACAAUAUUAUUUAUUUUCUCAUAAAUGAUCGAAACCCGCAAAACGUCCAUGGAGGCAAAGCAUCUGGACAUGACCGAUCUCUCCGAGGACAGCAGAGACAGUAUCCAGUCCAAGAGAUCCUGGAAACCUGAUCUUUGCUUCAGGUCCGGAGACAUCACAGAUGAGUUGGCUCAGAUCUUUAUGGACACGGACAGCGAGGGGGAAUUUGAGGGUUUCUCCGACGACGACUCUGAAAGGAGGAAAUCUGUGACUGCAGGGUCUGACAAAGACAGUGACGACAUCGGAUUUUAUUCCGAUGGUGAGGAGCCAGUGUCGAAAAAGCAGCGCAGUUCUGGACUGUGUGUCAUGUUCAAGUUUCCUACCAAAAGAAGCCCCACCCCUAAACGGAAAGUGGCCAAACAAGCCCCGCCCAUCAGCAGCAAACCUGCAGGGAGAAACAGAAAGCACGAGCCAGGACAAGCAAAAGAGCUAGAUUUACAUGACAGGCAACGCACCGAGAUCCAGUCCAAACCCUCUGAUCAAACGGACAAUGUUGAGAGUCUACUGACGGAUGAAGAAAUGCAAAUACUGAGCAAAAGAGCCAAAAACAUUGAAGAAAAUAAAGCAAUGCUUGCAAAACUUUUUGCAGAUUUGAGUGCUUUACCUUCACUUCCUUCUAAAACAACGCCAACGAAGAAAAAGAAGCCAUCCACUCCAAAACGCCGUUUAUCGGAGGUUCAAAACGAGAGACGUAACCCAAGCCGCAAGGCGAGACCUCCGGAACAUUUCGGGUUGGAGGUGGAGGAGAAACCAGCCCCUCAAAAAAGAGAGAUCGGCAAAAUCGACAUCAAGCGCUUGAUGGAGGUUGAGGACGGUCUCAGAGACGUCAGACCCAAACAGAGGAAACGACGUGCUCGUCAGUCCAUCCGUAUGCCCGAUGACAUCACCGAAGAAGAACUGGAGAACGUGGCAGAUCGCGCCAAAGACAAAAUCCUUGAUAAAGAGAAUGGCAGCACGUGUCAUCAGUGUCGUCAGAAGACUCUCGACACGAAGACCGAAUGCAGGGGCCUGUACUGCCAGGGGGUCAAAGGUCAGUUCUGCGGCCCCUGUUUGCGUAACCGCUACGGAGAAGACGUCCGCGCGGCCCUACUCGAUCCUUCGUGGGAAUGCCCCAUCUGUCGAGGCGUGUGUAACUGCAGUCUGUGCAGAAAGCGUGACGGACGCUGUGCUACGGGCGCUCUCACGAGAUUAGCCAAAUAUUACGGCCAUGACAACGUGAAGGAGUACUUGGAGAGUCUACAGAAGAACUUGGAGUAAAAGCGGAUCGUCUGGCCGUCUUGUGAAAGAGACGCACUUGUUUGGAAGCAAACCGAUUAGGAUUGAUACUGCCCCACAUCUGAUGUUUUACUAUCGACACUUUUAAAGUUCAGCGACACUGACUAAGUGUUCAGCACAGAUAUGCAAAUCAGUAGUUUUAUUAUACUUCUUGAUUUUCUACUUUUCUACUGACGUUUUUAAAUGAGUAAAGCAGGUAAAACAUGUUUAAGAUUGUAUAUUCUUCUCUCAUUUGCACUGUUUGAGUUUUUCUCUCUGUAAACUGUUGCUUUGGAAAUUAAGUUUUAAUAAAGGUCCUCUCAUUUCA